CAAAAGACACCCAAGCAUUAAUUAACUGCGACUACGUAUUUCUUCACCUCCCCAUCAACUUCUCUAUCAUUCUUAAAUCACUCACUCUCUUGCGACAAGACUCCUGCGGUCGCGGUGACCGCUAUCCUCACUCAACUCCUCUCGGAAUUUCUGUCGUCGAUCUGCUGGAAACUGCAUGUUUCUCGCUCUCUAAGAGUCCACCACCCGCGGUCGUUGUCCCUUCUUUCGGUUCACACUCUACCGGUUUCUCGAGGCUUCAGUUCUGAAGCCAACGCGAUCAUGGCUACUGUUCCAACAGAAAUUUCGGUUGAUGCUGGCUCUAGCACAACCAAGACUCCUGCUCAGCUCAUGCAAGAGAAGCAUGAGGCUGCCGAGACACACCGUGUGACGGUUGAAGAUGUCCCAGACGAGGACGAUAUCGUCCAUCCUCCUCCACCUCAUCACCACGUCGAAGGGAAAGAGGAAACUGGAGCUCCUACCACAAAUGGCACUGCUAAUGGCGCUGAAAAUGUCCCUAUGUCGGAAAAGGCCGCAGGCAAGCAGAAGGCAUCUGACAAGCCCACCGUGCUCGACACUCAAUCUGAGGAGGCAUUCCCAGCUCUAGGAGCUUCCACCAGAUCGGCGCCCCCUCCUUCGCGCGCUCCUGGCUGGGUUGCCAGUGCUUCUGCGAGAGCUCCUCCGGUGAACGGCUCUCCUGCUCUUGGUCCCCAUCCUACCUCCUCCGGUGCUCCUACCCCGACCUCGACACCCGGGGCUAGAACUCCUGUCACCGCGGCUCCCGGCGCUCGAGGUGGUGUGAUGUUGCCUGGAAGAUAUCGAGACUCUUUCGAGAUUGACAAUGCCGAUUUGGACAAGAACAAGUCGGUGAAGCGAGUGCUCGAUGAGGUCAAGAAGAAGUACAAUGUCAUCGUCACUCCGAAGCCCACCAACUUCGCAACAAGAACAGAGUUCAUUGCCGAGGGCCCUAAGGCACGAGUCACCGAGGCUCUGAUGCAUGUCUCUAAGGAACUCACGCUCGAGAAACAGGUUAAACUCGAGAUUCCUGCAACCGUCUCGGCUCAGAUCAUCGGUAAAGGUGGUGCCAACAUCAAGAAGCUGGAACAGCAGUUCAACGUCCGCAUCCACAUUGACCGAGACUCAAGACCCGUCACAAGCCCCGAGGAAGUCAGGACGGAUGUCGUGGAGAUCAGAGGCAAUGCGGCGCAAGUCCGCCAAGUCUACGAACAGAUCAUGAACCAGGUCAAGGCUCUGCAGCCCAAGGUCGACCUGCCUGUUCGUGGAAUCCCGCCAGAGUUCUACCCCUUCAUUGCAGGUCAGCAUGCUGACCGCCUGCAACAAAUGGAACAAGACCGUGGUCUCCGCAUCAACGUACCUCAAUAUCACACUUGGCGACAACAACCACCGCCUCGGCCAACCGAAAUGGAUCAGCGCCCAGCAUUUGUUCCUCAUGGAGACAAUCAUAUCGUCGUUUCAGGUGAACAAGCUGCUGCUCUGGAGGCACGCACCAUCCUGGAACAACUGGCCGAAGAACUUCAAAAGGAACUCCUGCUCGAAGAGCUCGCAGCGGAGCAGAUUCUGCAUCCUUACAUUGUCGGUGACCGCGGUAUGGACCCUCUGAAGUUCUUGCAAGAGACAGGCUGUGCAGUCAUCCUUCCUCCACCCGAGCACGAGACCGAAGAUAUUCAUAUCAUUGGCCCCAAGGACAAGCUUGGUGCUGGUCGCAACUUGGCGGAAGAGCUCAUGUCCAGGAAGCACAACCGAGCUGUUGAUAUGCACAAGCACUUUAACGACGCCCCUCAAGGUCCCGAACGCCAUUCCCGAGCUCUGGCUCAAUAUCUACAUCAGAAGGCUAUCGAGCGCGAGUUUCAGAAAUCACAUGGCGCAGAGAUCGUCUUCCCUUCCAGCUCUAGUGCUUCGCCGAGCUGGACGGUCAUUAGUAAUGACCCCCAGAAGGCACUCUCUGCUCGUAAUGAGCUCUCCAAAAUCACCCAAGCAUAUCCUACCCCAAGAUUGCAACUGGUCGAGGUAGAUCCAUUCUUCCACCAGCAUCUUGAGCAAAUGCAUGCUUCUAACCUGAGGAACAACCUUGGUGUUCACAUGAUCGUUCCUGAAGACGGCUCGGAUCCAGUCGUUCUCGUUUACGAAGGCCCGACCCAAGAGGAACCAUUCUCCAUUCCUCGCAACAAGCCCACCAAGGCUGACAUUACCAAUUUCGAGAAAGCUCUACAGGAAGCACAAGCAAUGCUGCUCAGCAAUAUCCCCCACCAAGGCAUAUCUGUGCAAGAUAUCCACGUCCCCAAGAAGUACCACGACAAGGUCAGAAGAUUCGUCAACAAUGAACCUAAACCAACACCGCCAAAUGCAUUCCCUGUUCAGGUCGACUUUGGCCGAGCUAGAACCGCGCAGAGGCAAUCCGCUCCGGCUUCUCGGGGCUCUCCUGAAAGAGUCUAUUUGAGAGGACCAAGCGAAGCGGAUAUCGAAGACUUGCGAAGAAAGAUCGAGCAAUUCUUGCAAGAGGCUGAGGAAGACGAGAAGGAACGGGGCUAUACGAUAACCUUCCCAUUCCCUGCCCAAUUUAACAAGAACUUGAUCGGGAAACAAGGCGCCAACAUUAAAGGGCUACGGGAGAAGCACGACGUCGAGAUUGAUACUCGCGAAAAUGGCAAGAUCACCAUCCAAGGACCGCAGAAAAAGGCCGAGGCUUGCAAGGCUGAAAUUCUCCGACUCGCCAAACAGUGGGAGGACGAGGUGAAUUUUAACGUCAAGAUUGAUCCGAAGUAUCAUGGCAUGCUAGUGGGCAGAAACGGAGAAAAUAUGCAGAAGAUCCAAAGCAAGGUCGACAAUGCUGUGAGGAUUGACUUCCCCAAGGCAAUCAGAAUCAGCGAUGAUGCUUCGGUUGCUGAUGACGCUAGUCAAGUCGGCGGCAACAGAGGUCAGCCACAGGACGAAAUCAGAAUUCGUGGUCCUCGCGCGAAGGCUGAAAAGGUCCGUGACGAGCUUCUAAGUCUUCACCAGUACUUGGUCGAUAACUCUCACACCGCAACUGUGUCGGUUGCACAAAGCCAAAUUGCUUCUUUGAUCGGAAGACGUGGCCAGGAGAUGGAGAAGCUGAGAGCCGAAACUGGUGCUCAGAUUGACAUCCCCAAAGCUGACGGCUCUGACCGUGUCACCAUACAAAUUAAGGGCACCAAGCAGCAGGUUGAAAAGGCCAAGCAAGAACUGCAGAAACGAUCCAAGGCUUUCGAUGACAUUGUUACGCGCACUUUGAACGUCGACAGAAAGCAUCAUCGCGCCCUGAUUGGGGCUGGAGGAUCCCAUAUCCAAGAUGUCGUCUCGAAAGCCGGCGGCACCGGCACGAGCGCUGAGCACGUCCGGUUCCCUCGCCAGGGUGACGAAUCAAAUGAGCUCACCGUGAAAGGUACUGCCGACGUUGUGGAGAAGAUUGUUAAAGCUAUUCAAGACUUUGUGGAUGAGAGAGAAAAUCAAGUGACAGAAACGAUUGACGUGCCAGCCACUCAACAUCGGGACCUGAUCGGACCAAAUGGAAGCAUUCGCAAGCAGAUUGAAGACCAAUUCAAGGUCACACUCAACGUCCCUCGACAAGGAACCGGCCAGACUGCGGUGAGAAUCACUGGGCGACCAGAGCACGUGGCCAGCGCCAAAGAACAUAUCGAAAGCAAGGUGUCAAAGAGCCCAGCUGAGACCAUCAUGGUACCACGAGCUCUGCAUCAUGUGGUUUCGAAAAACGGAGCCUUGUUUCGCGAGCUGAGCAGAGAUGGCGUCAAAAUCGAGCACAAUGGACACAAACCGCCCCCAAAGCCGAGUCGUGGGUCUCGAUCACGUACUACCAAUGGUGACAUGCCUCUGAUCACUGACCAGCCUGGCGAAGGGUCGCACUCGUGGGACAUCGUCUCCAAUCAAGGUGCUCUGGAUGGGGAUGAUGGAGAGAUCCCAUGGGUCAUUAUCAGCCAGAAGGGCGAUUCGCCGGAUGCCGUCAACAAAGCAAAACAGAAGAUCCAGUCGUCGGUUGAGAAAGCCAAGGAGCCUCAGUUUACUGGCUAUCUAAUUCUGCCUGAUCCGCGGCUGCAUCGCCACAUCAUCGGCCAAGGUGGCUCUACAAUUAACUCUAUCCGAAACCAGUCUGGAUGCGACAUUCAGGUCCCGAACCGCAACUCGGGCAAGGGCGAGGAAGGUGAAGCUAUCACGAUCGUCGGCAAGGAGGAUGGUGUUCUGUCAGCUCGUGAUCUGAUUCUCGAGGAGAUUAAGCGCGCUCAAGGUGGUCGUGCGUAAAGGCAAGGCGCAAUUCAGGGGGCUCAAAAAGUUCUUGGAUGGUGAUUGGGGCGGCUUGUAAUAAUAUAGGAGUGUGGUUGAGAUUGCGACCGGCGACCGAAACUCCCUCAAAAGCUUCUUCAUACUUUGCAAGAAAAGAAAAGUGUGUCUAUCUCGAAUAGAUAGAAUAACUAUCAAUAAAUCAUCGAUCUACGACGUGGUGACGAUCGAGAGAAUGUACAGCAUUUCGAUG